AUGCCACGCGAGCCCCAAGAGAUCCGGGAAGCCUUCAAGGUGUUCGACCGGGAUGGCAACGGGUUCAUCUCCAAGCAGGAGCUGGGCACGGCCAUGCGCUCCCUGGGCUACAUGCCCAACGAGGUGGAGCUGGAGGUCAUCAUCCAGCGCCUCGACAUGGACGGCGAUGGGCAGGUGGACUUUGAGGAGUUUGUGACGUUACUGGGGCCCAAACUGUCCACCUCGGGCAUCCCGGAGAAGUUCCACGGCACCGACUUCGACACCGUGUUCUGGAAGUGGCGAAGAGAUUAA